AUUACCGGGGCUCCUUUUCUCCCCCACCCAAAACAUUCUCAGUCCUUUCACUGACCUGGCUUCUGAUUGGAGGCUCGUUGCUUCAGAUAAUGACCUCCAGGACCCCUCUGUGGGUUACAGCCUGUUCGUAUUACUCUUACCGCAGCUUAAGACUCCUGCAGUGGGGAGUAAGGAAAAGGAAAAGACCAGCAUUUUCAACAUCCCCAGACAGGCUGUUCGUUAAGAUGAGGGAUCUUUUUCAGUAUGUCGCCUGCUUCUUUUCAUUUUUCUCUACUGGGUUCUUGGUUGUGGCCACCUGGACAGACUGUUGGACGGUGAAUGCAGAUGACUCCCUGGAGGUGAGCACAAAAUGCCGAGGCCUCUGGUGGGAGUGUGUCACAAAUGCUUUUGAUGGGAUUCGCACCUGUGAUGAGUACGAUUCUAUAUUUGCUGAACACUCCUUGAAGCUGGUGGUAACUCGGGCACUGAUGAUUACUGCAGAUAUUUUAGCUGGAUUUGGAUUUAUUACCCUGCUCCUUGGUCUUGACUGUGUGAAAUUGCUCCCUGAUGAGCCAUACAUCAAAGUCCGCAUCUGCUUUGUUGCUGGAACCACAUUACUUAUAGCAGGUGCCCCGGGAAUCAUUGGCUCUGUGUGGUAUGCUGUUGAUGUUUAUGUGGAACGUUCUUCUCUGGCUUUGCACAAUAUAUUUAUUGGCAUCCAAUAUAAAUUUGGUUGGUCCUGCUGGCUUGGAAUGGCUGGGUCUCUGGGUUGCUUCUUGGCUGGUGCUGUCCUCACAUGCUGCUUAUACAUCUUCAAAGAUGUUGGACCUGAGAGGAACUAUCCUUAUUCCAGGAGGAAAGCCUAUUCAACUACAGCUGUUUCCAUGGCCCCGUCAUACGCAGCCCCUCGGACACAGACUGCCAAAAUGUAUGCUGUAGACACUAGGGUGUGAAGUGACACAUAUCAGUCUGUGUGUAUAUGUUGUUUAACUAACCAAUCAAUAUGUUCAAGUUAAUAAAAUAGCUGGCCAAUCCAGGGACAGUUAUCUAGACUUCCUGUUCAACUAAAUUAAUUGCUUAGCUUAAUCAAAAAGUUUGAUUCUCCUAUCACUUCUCCUUCUCAAUUAUUCUUAUAUUCUUUCACAUUAUUUUACCCUCUCUCUCUCACAUAUAUACACACGUACACUUUCCCUGUACUGUAAGAUAAGGUUGCUGGGAUAUAAAACUGUUUGUUGUGAUAUUGCUGCUAGAGAUAGUGACAUGUUGAUAUUAAAAUUAAAUGACACUUUAAGAAUAGAAAACAACUUUCAAAAGAGGUCAGAGAUUCUAAUCUUUGAAAGGAUUGACAAGCUCUUAGCUCUUUCCCUGGCUUUUGGCUCACUUUUUGUAUUCUCAACUGAGUGAGUUAUUUGAUAACUUUGAAGAAGAUGAUUCUUCCAAAUUCAAACCAGUAUAUCAAAACUUACCAUUGCUCUGAUACUGUUAAAAUAGAAAAAGAAAAUAACAGCUUCAUGUACCAGCCACUGGUGGGAGUUAAAGAUAAAAAGGUCCCCCUCCAAAUUCUAAAUGUCAAAAGCAAAUGCUAAAUUAAUACCAGAGUCAGUGCUGACCUUCUUCCUCAUUAACCACAUUAAAGAUCUGUGUAUUUUUUAAAUCACUACUCCAAGUUUGCCUAUAUAUUUUCAAAUAUUAAACUACAGCAGUUAAUAGCUAAACCGGGGAGUUCACUUAGUAUUGAUUGAGCAUCCAAAUGUAUCUCAAGAAUGUACCAUAUUAGAAUUCGCCAAUUCAGGUGUCCUCUCACCACUGGAUCCUCAGCACCCAGCAAAAUAGCUGACAUAUGAUAAAAUGUAAAAAACAUUUGUUGCUUGAAAGCAAUAAAGGCUCAACAAUUCUCUACUGAAAAAAAUCAAUUUUCCUCACAAAAUAUGUGCUUUUUAGAAAAAAUAGAAUUAUAUACACACUGAAAGAAAUCAAUGAAUAAUUGCUAAUGGGAUUUUGUUCAUAUCCAUAAUAUAACCAUAUUUCAAUUUUUUUAAUUGUAGAGUUUUUUUUUAAAGUUAUAAAAUUUAACCUCAGGUUUUCUGGUUCCUUGAAACUCACAUGAAUAGCAUUAAUAGCCAUACAGUACCUUAACAGACUAUCAACUGAAUUAAAAAUUAGUUCUUUGGAAAAUGGAAAUUUAGUUGUGAAUGUCUGAAGCUCCCAGAAGAAGUGUUUCCAAUUUAAAAAGCUAAAAAUAAUGUGAAAACGAGAUGAUGGAAACUGAUAUAUACAUUGCUGAGAAUGAUGUUCAUGACUUCAUACGACAUCUCUCUAGCAUCUAAGGAGAAUUCAUAAUCUAAUCUUAGAAUUAAGAGCAAUUGAUUCACUUUUAUUUCAUGGAUGUUAUUAACUGUAACUGACAUUUAACAAAAGUAAUUGUAGAUUAUGUUUACUAGUUAUAUGGGUAUUAUUCUAAGCAUUUUAAAGCUUAUUGUGUGUUGUUCUUUUUUCUCAACCUGAGCUUUUAAAUUUUUUAUUCCCAUAUUUAUUUUAUGAUAUAUUGUCUGUCAUGUUUUAUAUAUUCUAAUAAUUCUCUUGAAAUACUUCUGGGGAAAGCCAAGGUAAAAUUAAUUAAAUAAUUAAUUAGAUUUUAGAGAUACAAAUUUUUCCCUCCUUAAAGAUUUCAUUUCUAUGAGGAAAUAUUUCAGAGGAUUAUGGUGAUAAUCGAAAUCUAUUAAUGUUUUGAAUAUUUUUCUCAAUAAAAACAUUUUGCAUAUCCUGGGAAGAAUAUUAGUAUUUUUUUAAAAAAAUCCCCUUGGGAAUUUUCAUUCCUAAUCCACUGUAAUCUAAUGAAGCAUUCCAAAAUAAAGCAUAACAAAGAAUAUACUUUGUAUAGCAACUACAAAAUAUAUUUGUUGUAUAGUGAACAGCAAAAUAAAUAUCAAAUUGUGAAGAAGCAAUAAUUGACAUAGUGGUAGCUCAACAUGCUCAGAAAGAAAAAAAUAACAUAAGCCCGAAGUAUACUCAUAUCUGGUUAUUAGGUUGAAUCGUUAAAAUAGCCCACAAAAUUCUGAGUACUAUAAUUUAGUCAUGUCCUGUUAAUUGCAAUAGGAAAAAAUAAAAAUGUAUAAAAUGGAACAAUCUUAUUUACCUAUCCCUUUAUUAAUCAUGACUUUCUAAUAUCACAUUUUUAACUGAAAUUAGCCUUUUGUUAUUAUAAAAGUUAUAUAUGUGCAUUGUAGAAAGUUGGAAAACAAAAACAACCAAAAAUGUAUCUUGUUUAAAUAUCAUGGGACCAUAUUCUCUCCACCUAUAUCACUACUCCUAAAACCCUAUUGAACAUCUGCACAUUCUUCCACAUAUUCUGUUUAUACACAUAUACACAAAGACUAUAUAUUCUUCUUUAAAAGAUCAUUCCAUAUCUGUGGCUUUGUAACCUAAUUUCCCCCCAUUAAUUAUCAUUGUCUUUUCAUAGCAAUAAAUGUUCAUCUUAUUGAUAACCAAUCCAUGUUUAAAUUUACCCAAGUUUCUCAAAAUGCACCAUACUACUAGUUUGUUUAAACCAGUAUUUGCAUUUCCUCUGAUUAUUAUGCCCCUUAAGUCUCUUUUAAUCAAGCUAUAUUUUUUUCAUCAUCCCUGAUUUAUUAAAAAAAAAAACAACUGAACCAGUUUUCCUACAGUUUAUUCCACCUUCUGGAUUUGUUUGGUGAUGUCACUUAGCUUAUUUCUCUUUACCUUGUAUUUUCAGUAAAUUGAAAUUUAAAUCAAAAGGCUUUGAUGGAAUCAAGUUAAGUAGUUUCUAAAAUAAACCGUACGUGAUGUGAAGCAUAUCUGGAGACCUAAUAUCUUGUUGAUUUAGCCUUAAUUAUGAUAAAGUUGUUCACUGGAUUAGGGUGAUGCUAAUCUGAUCCCUCCAUUCUUCAGUUGUACAUACUUCUCCUUUAGCGACAAAAACAAGUGAUUAUUGUGGUGUUAUUUUGGAAACCAUAGGAAUAUCCUAUUCUCCAUCAACCAUAAUAAUAAUUUUAAAAUAAUACUUUUAACAAUUGAUAAUCUUUAUUGGA